AGAGGCGAUGUUGGAACUUAAUGAGGAAGAUUCCUGGAAUUAUCGCGGAUGAUCCUAUCAUCGUUCGAUUUACAAUGUUCAAUGAAUGGUAAAUGAUUAACUCCAAGAAAAAAUGCCGACACUUUCUCGGAACAAGAAACGAAACAAUCGUCCGCCUCCGACAAGAGAGGCCGAGUACAAAAUUAUGAUUGAUGUUGUGAAUGAUGUUUGUCUUGAAAUUCGAAAAUUUGCCAAAAAAUACUUGAAUGCAGUAGAAGUGAAUUACGAGAGCUGUGCAGCUUGCUUGGACGAGCUUCUAAUAAGCUGGAAAAUGACCGCUGCUCAGUUCUCUACAUCCAAAGAAUUCUGGGAAAAACAUAAAAUAAAACAAGUGGAGGAAGGUAUUAGAAAGAAACAAGAUUACAAAAAUUUAGUGUUUAUUUGUGAAAGAGCGAGGACUUUCGAACGAUUGAUUCCAAAUAUUCGAGAAAAUCUUGUGGAAUGUGCAAGAGACCAUCUGUACAAAUAUUGUCGGAGUUUUAUAGAAGAAACCUACGACGAAGUAGAAAUUCGACCUAUAACCGAAUACGAGGAAUGGAUAGUUGCAAGCAAAAAAGAUAUUGACCAAAAAAUUGCUUCUUUGAAUAACAAUAUAUUAAAAUACGGUGAAAUGAAGUCACCAUUUUAUGACUUUAUAUCCAAAGGCAACAUUCACGCAGCUUUAAUGGAAGAAAUAUGUGUUCUGAAUAUUGAAAUCGCUCAUGCCAUAAAGAAAUGGAUCGCAGACGAUGCGUCCUACCCAGAUCGUUUGCUACAAGAGAUCUUUUUCAAUAACUCAUACAAGGAAAGUCUAGUCGAAAACAUCCGGAAGUUGGAAGAGGACAAACAAGUUGCAUCGAAAAACUUAGAUAAGAAACAGAAACUUAAUUAUUCAGUGAUGAGAGACCAUGCAUACCAUAAGAAAGAAAAACACAAACUUAAAAACAGCCUAGAGACUGUGAACCUAAAACUUGAGAGACUGGAAAAACAAAUUGAAAACAAAAAUAUAGAAAUCAAUGAUUUGAAAGAAGCUGUGGCGGACAAGACACCAAUGGCUCCGAGGGAUCGCCAGGAAUUACGGCGGUCCUUGGAAAAAGCGGAGGCGGAUCUAGAUCGUCUGGAGGAGCGGAAAAGUGUGAUGGAAAGACAACAUGGGCGAUUAGACAGGGAACUCAAAAAAGUUUCAGAUAGAACUUACGAACUUAAGGUGGAAAUUGUAACCAAACGACACGAACAGGAAGAGAUAAAACAGGGAAUUCUGGGUACUGAGAUAGAAAUGAAAUCUAUCUUAGACCGUCUGAAUAGCAUUGAUGAAAAACAAGAAAUUCUAAAAAGAGUGAGAGAACUGAAAUUAUCUCCCGAUACACUGAGAAGGAUUAACACCAAAAAACAGGAAAUUACCACAAAAGCUAGAAGACAGAAAGUUCAAAUGGACGACGCCUGUCGAUAUGUUGCCUUUCAUAUUGGACGAGAUUGGAAGAAGCUCUACGAUCGUCUGCCAUUCCAGCCCCCACGUGACCCCGACAGACGACAGAAGGAUGUGGAAGUUAUCGACACCAUUUCAGCCCGCCAGGACAGAACUCCUGAAGAAUCGGCACUUCGUUCUCUGGAAAAGUGGCGCUCUUUUAACAGACAUGGCGACAUUGUUCAGCUUAUCAAGGGGCUUCGGAAGCUAAAUAAAGUUGAGCUAGCACAAAAACUGGAAAGCAAAUUCACUGUAGAAAAUGUUUAUGGAUAA